AUGACGUUUAUCCCUUCACCGGUAUCAGAAGUCAGUGGCAAGCCCCGCAUUUUGGUGAAUGCGCCCGGUUCCAAACUCGUUAAGACUAUGCGAUCCAUUUACAAGGCAAAUAUGCCCGCCCUGGAUUUGGGAGUGAGGUCUGUUGUGAAGUCUGUGAUGUACCCUAAACGGAUGGGCAGUGAAGCUUGCUUCCACAUAAUCGCGCGUGACUCUCUGACUAAAGUCCCCAGUGAGAAACGCUAA